AUGCGGUCGGGCCUGCAAAAACCCGGCACGGUCCCGUUCCUCGCGCUGGUGCUGUUCUCGCUGCUCAGUCUGAUGCCGACGCUCGCGAAAGAAUGGGAUUUGAGUUUGGAUUUCUACAGCGUCCACCUGGCGUAUCACUAUCUCGGUCUCGGUCUUGGUCUGGGCGGGUUGGGUUUGCCGCGGUAUGAGGGUCGACAUUCGUCCUCCCGCCUUCGGAAUGCGUCAAUUGAUACCCGGUCGCGGCAGGCUCACGCCCAUCCUCAGCGAUUGACGACUAAUGCCCCCUGCAAAUCCUGGCUGCUGGGCGACUUGUACUCAUCGUGCGUCGAGCGCGACCCAAUCUCAGUCCCGCCGCAUCACUCCGUGAUGGGGCCGCCGCCGCGCAGCUCGUUCGAGGCUGGCGAGGGCGAGGAGGCCGUCACGUAUGCUGCGCCUGCGCCUGCGGCCAAGGAGCAGCAGCAGUCGAGCAUGAGUCUCACGCGAGGGGUAAGUGCGUUCAGGGAGUUUGUCAUCAACAUCAAGCGGUGGGACGUGGAUGUGGAUGGGGACGGGGACGGGGACGAUCAGCAGCAGACUCUGAAUACGAUGCAGCUGCAGUCGGCGCAGGCCGCGGCGCAGCAUGAUUUUCUCGAUGCGGCCGCGGUCGCGGUCUCGACGGAUGUACCGACUGUUGCGAAAGCUGUUACCGCUUUGCCGUCCGGUGAGGGCGAGGACGGUCAGUUGGGUAGUGAGGCGGAUCCGGUGGGAUCGGAUGAGGAUUCGAUAUUAAUGUUUCGAGUACUGGGUCUUCUGCGCGAGACGUGGCAGCGGGUCUGUCAUGUUGGAGGACGGUAUCUGGAGAGUUUGCGAUCUACCACCGACUUUCAUAAAUCAUUAAUACACUCUCCUGCACCCGCCACGAAUGACGAGCAAACGAGCUCAGACACGACCGAAACACCACAACAACCGAGCAAACCCCCAUCGCUCGAUUCCCCUCCGUCACACCAGGAUCCGCUACAUCAUCAUAUACCCUCAUCUAAUCACCCUGUGUCGACUGCUGGCCAGUCCACAGACGCCGGACACCGACGAGACUCGGAACACAUGCGGGGGAGCUCCAUGGCCAUUGUGAUUGGCCUGGUCGUUGGAAUCAUGUGGUUCUAA